AUGGCGCCUAAGCGCACUUACAACCGACACAAUAUGUCAAUCGUAAAACCCGACACUGACGCACUUAUUCCCUCCGACCCUGACAAUAGCUGCUACGAGGCCAAUAAACGCCGAAAGCCGACACCGCCCUCACCAGCCAACACCAUGCACCACUCGGAUGUGAUGAGCAGCGGCGGUCGCCCGAAGAGUGUCAACUUCAAGAAUGCGCCCAGCAAGCCGAACCAUAGCAACACCAAGAGCUUCAGUGGCCCGACCAGCUUGUCGAACGGCGAAAUGGAUCCGUUCGAGUCCGUCAUCAAGCUAGCCCAGGAGACAAAAGCACCACAGAAGCAACGGAGCAUGUCCCUCUAUCGAGGCGGGCACAAAGCAAUCAACUCUAUCUCUGCACAACUGAAGAGCCGGAGGCGCGAGGGAAAAAAGGGUGAUGUAGCUCACAUUUUGAUUAGCGACGAUUCAUCCAGCGAAGGUGGCAUUCAGCUUUCUGAGAGCAUUGAGUUGAGCCCGGAUGACAUGGACACCACUAGGAUGGAUAGCUCAAGCGCCAUGAAAGCUACCAUGCGCGGAGGUAGCGAGUCCGCAGCCGAAGCUUCUGCUCGUAUUUUCGGUGGACGCGAGUACACUGCGCCCCAGACUGCUCCACCGCGACGAACAUUCUGUGGCGCUAGGAUCAAAGGGAAUUCAGUGCAGGCGCAAGCAUGGUCAGCAAACCAGUCCAGCUCGCCGCUCUUGCGUCUACCCGCAAGCGUCCGUCGUAGCGUUUUCGAGUACGCGCUCGGCGGCAACUCAAUCGAGUUCGGCUUCGUCACCUUCCUCGUUGAUAAAACAGCCGAUGGCACGAAGAAGUACACUCCCUACUUCCAAUACACCAGCAACGUCUACCCUGCCCGCCCCUGCGAAGUCCAGCGCAAUCCCUUCCACGGAACCCCGAUUCGCCUUCACAGCAAUCCCGAUACCACGGGUAUGACGCUGCUGAACGGCGUAUGUCGUCAGCUCUACCUCGAGACUUACAAGCUCCCCUACGCUCUCAACGACUUCUACUUCAACUCUGGAAACGCACUAUUUAACUUCAUCGUGAAUGACGACCGUCUCCAGCCCCAGCAGCUCAAGUCUAUCAAGUCGAUCGUGGUCCUUCAUAAGCUGCCAGUGCCAUCCGUGCUCGAAAAGCUGCCUAAUCUGCAGCAGGUCCGCUUGAUGGCCCCCAAUCUAGCGAUAGACAUCGGCUUCUACAAGGUCGUGCGGGACGGCAAAAUGCCGGAGCUGGUCAAGUUCAUCCCGACGUCUAAGAAUGCGACGGGCAAGUUAAACAGGCCCGGGAUGCGUGGCGGCGGCGGAGACGACAAGAAGUCUGACCCAAAGAAGGCAUAUCUUGGUGCGUACGGUGGUAAAUAUGGUGGGUCUCGGUCUGAACGUGGAUAUGGCCGUGACGACACGAGCUGGGGAUACGACAGUGGCAAAUACAAGAACAAAUGGAGCUGGGGUCAUCCGUGA